AGGAAUUUGUAAGGACUGUGGAGAAGUUGGUCAUAUCAACAAAAAAAAGUUACAAAUGCCAGCUUUACGAUGCAUCCAAAAAAAGAAAAGCAGGAGCGAAGGAUGAUUACGAGACUAAGGCUGCAAAGGCUAGAGGAAAAAAGAAGAAGCUGGAAGGCAGCAAGAAACGAGCAGUAACAAGACGUUGUUUGUUCCUCUUGCGGUAAAGCAGGCCAUAGUAGAUCAUCUUCACCACUAUGCUUGAACUACAAGCCUCCAAAGGAUGUCUUGCUCCGCCAGCUGUUCGAGUCAUGAAGUCUACAGCAGGAAGCUGCUUCUAACCACACUGAUGAGACCAGCGUUUGCUCAAGUCGCUACAGAAAACAUCAUCAAAUUAGCAGAAUUUACCCGUCAAGUGGUGUAUAGAGCCCAACUAUUUGUGAACUACUACAUUACUGAUAACUACGAAACAACGACUGGUCACCCAUACCUUUAUGAGCAGAACUUCUGGUACAGCAUCUGCAAGCUUAUAUUAGGGAAGCGGGUCAGAAAUCGACAAUACAUGGACAUGUCGGUCACGCUUGCCUUUGAUGACUUUAAAAGCAAAUUUCCUACAAUCGUUUACAGUCUGAAGACACAUCCCAUGAAAGGAUACAGCGAUUCGCUGGCAGCGGCCUGCGUGACACUGGCCACUACUUAUUCAAACUUUAUACUAGAGAAUUUUGAAAAUAGGCUCAAGCACUACGCUCGAACAUGUUUGAAGCAUCUGUUCCCUGUAAGUCAUGAUCGCAUCCAUAACAACUGUAGUAGCAGAGUGUCUCACGAAGUUCUGUUUAUUUUAUGUUCUAGGAGCAUAAGAAAAGAGAAAUCGACAGAAUCGUCAACGAAUACUGCUUCAAAAAGAUAA